GGGUUGGGAGAGGGGCAGCUCCCGGCGCCGCAGCGCUCGCUUCCCUACCCUCCUCCGGGGCCCUCCCUCCUCCCGCCCACCCGCGCCUUACACCCCCUUCCGCCCUCCCCCACGCCCUGCUCCGCUCAGGCUCCGCGCCCCCGGAGCUCCGCGACGGGCUUUUCAGGAUUAUGGAGUUUCUGAGCGAGAAGUUUGCCCUGAAGAGCCCGCCGAGUAAGAACAGUGACUUCUACAUGGGUGCGGGAGGCGCGUUGGAGCACGUUAUGGAGACGCUGGACAAUGAGCCCUUUUACAGCAAAGCAUCGGCAGGCAAAUGCGUGCAGGCCUUCGGGCCGCUGCCCCGAGCCGAGCAUCACGUGCGCCUCGAGAGGACCUCGCCCUGUCAGGACGGCGGCGUAAACUACGGAAUCACUAAGGUAGAAGGACAGCCCCUCCACACGGAACUGAACAGAGCGCUGGACAACUGUAACAGUCUCCGAAUGUCUCCUGGGAAGGGGAUGCCAGAGAAGGGAGAACUGGAUGAACUGGGGGACAAAUGUGACAGCAACGUAUCCAGCAGUAAGAAGCGGAGACAUCGAACCACCUUCACCAGCUUGCAGCUAGAGGAGCUGGAGAAGGUCUUCCAGAAAACCCAUUACCCGGAUGUAUACGUCAGGGAACAGCUUGCUCUGAGGACAGAGCUCACUGAGGCCAGAGUGCAGGUUUGGUUUCAAAAUCGAAGGGCCAAGUGGAGAAAAAGGGAACGUUAUGGCCAAAUACAACAAGCCAAAAGCCAUUUUGCUGCCACUUAUGACAUAUCAGUUUUGCCAAGGACUGACAGCUACCCACAGAUUCAGAACAACUUGUGGGCAGGAAAUGCAAGCGGUGGUUCUGUGGUUACUUCAUGCAUGUUGCCACGUGACACUUCCUCCUGUAUGACACCUUAUUCUCAUUCGCCUCGGACAGAUUCCAGUUACACAGGGUUUUCAAACCACCAGAAUCAGUUUAGUCACGUGCCCCUCAACAACUUUUUUACUGACUCUCUUCUUACCGGGGCUACCAAUGGACAUGCGUUUGAAACAAAGCCAGAGUUUGAAAGAAGGUCUUCCAGUAUCGCAGUUCUUCGAAUGAAAGCCAAGGAGCACACCGCCAAUAUUUCAUGGGCCAUGUAACAUACAGUACUCUUUUAUUUUUCUUUUAAUAGUAAAAUAAGACAUUCUUACUUCUCAUAUUUAAAGGAUACCACAAUAAGCUGCUGUGUGUGGAAUUGCUAAAGGUCAAGCUAUCCAGUGAGGCCAGCUUAAAUGAAUAGUUGUUAUUAUUUAACUUUAAAAUCUAAGAAUGAACCCCUGAAAGCCUAAAUAGGUUUACCAUGCACCAAUUUCCACAAACUCUCUUUCAGUAGUAAGAUUUUUUCCUAUUGUACAAGCCAAUGAAAUACGAUCAUGCAACUUCUUAAGAGAAUAAAUGUAUUAAACAAA